AGCAUUUUUGUGUAAUGGAAGCUCUUCUUUCGUUUGUACGUUUGGUAUAAGUUUUCUUCUACGCCUUCCUGCUUCCGAACGGCAUGUGAUCACCGUGGUCGUCACUCGUUCAAUGAGUUUCUCAGCUUUUUAUGUUUCCUAAGGCAUGUCUCCUGGACUGUAACGAACGGCAGUGUUGAAAAGUACUCCAUGUCCAGACAUCAAUCAGGGAGUUACAAGAAGGAUGAAAAUGGUACAAAUGUUAGAGGUGCAUAUCUGACCUAGAGAGUCAAGCAGAUAUCUAAGAACAGAGUUCCAGUAACAGGAAAGACAGCGGAUACUUGAAAACCACUAAAUUAGUCAGAUUAAAGUCAACGAUUUCUCUGUGAUGUGGAUAUUUGACCUAAACAUUGACAUGAAUGAUUACUCAUUUGGGCAAUGAUGGGUCGCUAACCCUUUCAUACACAUUAACUUGCAGCAUUCUUUCUGUUUGAAGCGAGUUUUCUCCAGGAAAACAACCUGCCUCUAGUCAGCUUCAGUCUGAAGAUCAAGUGCUCAAGAAGUACUCAGGUGUCAGUUUCAGAUUUAUGCCUUACUUCAGCCUUUUAUAGAGAUUUGAUAUUCCAGAAGUUAUUUGUCACGUCUUUCCAAGCACCCAAAAUAAAUUGCUUGCUGUCUGGCAAAGGGAGGGUCGAGUCUCAGUUUUGGUUGUGACAACCUGUCAUGUCAUCGUGAGUGCUGUCGCUCCCGCUGCUCUUGCUCUCCAGAGCCAGCAGUGAUCUCUGAUCUCAGCUCUGAGAGUUUCCUCUCCCAAUGGACCCCAAAGGUGCCUGCUGUUUGGACUCUGCAUGGAGCAAAGACUCUUAAUUCCCAUCAUCUGGGCUCAGAAGAGACUUUUGCGAUGUAUUUGGAGAACUCUGAACAGGGGAAAGUUGGUGGAGAGGGGGAGCUUUCCGCUGGAGCGAUUCUGUCUGGACAAUGUGCGGUUUCUAAAGUAACAGGAGUUGCAGGUUUGAGCAGCUCUUCAAAGGGAAGUGAACUGGACAUAAAGGCCCUUGUGGGAUACACAGAGCAGAGUGUCAGCGGAGGAAUGGACCCUCCUCCUCUUUGCAACAUGAAUGCACCGCAGACUCAACUCUGCAACGAUUGUGAAGGACUGAGCUUUGAGGAAUAUUCUUCAAGCAAUGGACUUUUUGAACCGGACGGCGCCCUUGAAGACACUGAGUGUUCAGGGUUAAGCCGACUAUAUCAUGAAUGUACUCAACACUGUGAGUGUUUUAAAGCUUGCAAGUCCUCUGAGCAUUGUGCUAAUCAUAGCUUAGCCUCUAAAAGUAGCCUUUGCUGUGAACACUGCCCAAAACACCUCCUACUAUUUCAGCAAUGUAAGCCGUCUGAUCAACAGUCGGACUCUUCUGAUUAUGAGCCAGAUGAAUUGGAAGUGAACUCUGACAGUUUUGGAGAGUUCGAAAUGCCUGGUUUUGUGUCUGAGUGCACAGAAAACCUGAAGCUGCCUCUGGAUCGUCAGUGUGAGGACUCUGACUCGGAGCAGGACCGAUCAACUGAGGAUUCGGAGCAGAAUUUCACCCAAAACAUCUCGGACUCCAUGGACUCUUUAACAUGUGCUGCUAACUUCUCUGAAUAUGAUGAAAGUCAGGACAAUUACUGUGAUGAAGAGGAGGAGAGCUACGAUCAUAACGAGAUGGUCAGUGGUGAAGAGUCCUCCACGUUGUCAGAGGACACACCUGGUGACCCCUGUGAAAGUGACGGAGGAGAAGAAAACAUUGAGCAAACCUCUACAGGCAACGCCUCUGAAGAUGUUGAUGAGGUGCAUAGGGACGAUUCGGAGGACGAGUCAAGUCAACAUGGCAACUUUGAGUCCUGCGCCGAGGAAGACCUAUCUUCCGACGACUCCAAAUCCUUCAAGACUUGUCUUGACAACAGUUUUCUUUCUGAUCCCUGCUCAGAUUCAUCUGAGGAAUUCGACAAAGCAGCUCCGGAUGAUACAAGUGACGAGCCGACACAGUGGGAAUCCUUCGAAGAGAAUGAUGCAGAAAAACAUCCGAGCGUCGAGAAGAGUAGCAAGGAGGAGGACAAAAAGAAAACUUCUGCUGUCAACACAGUUAUUGAGGACUAUUUUGAUUUAUUUGACAGAGCAGGCUGCUCUGGACAGGCAUUUGCUCAAAAGCGGAAUUACAUCUCCUGUUUUGAUGGAGGCGACGUUCACCACCACCUCCAUCUUGAACAGGAAGCUCUGAAACAAAGCGUCAAAACGGCUCACAAAGAGGAGACUAAAGAGGUAAUUGAAGAACAGGAGAAAGAUGUGCAUACUGGAGAAGUAACUGAAACAAACAGCCAAGAAAAGGAUGAACAUUGUGAAGAUUCAGAGGAAGAAGACCUGAAUCAGAGAGACACUGGAUCUUAUGGUUCGGAGAACUGGACCCUAAAAUCAGAAUCGAGUUCAACAAAAGGUGAAGCUGAAGAUAAUGAACCGUUUGGUCUUUACCCAGAGUACUACCAGGACUCUGAAGAUGAAAUGUAUUAUGAUGAUGAAGCCUGGGGAUACGAUGGGCAAAUUUCUGAUGAUUACGACGAAGAACCCGAGUCCUACCUGGACUCAUUCAGAGCGGAGAGCACGUUUGCACCGUGUGCCCAAGAAAUCUUUGUGGAGGGAGAUGUUUGUGAAGACAAAGACUCUGUUGGUGAGGACAUUGAUUUGGUAGGUGAAGUUAAGUCCAAAGCCCUCACUGAGACGACAUUAGAUCUCAAAGACAGUAAAAAUUUGGAUGCUGAACUGGAUGGCUUCUCUGCGUUUUCAGAGAUGGAGCCUUAUUGGGGACUCACAGAAGAGCAAACCAGAGAGUGUUUUCCAUCAGGUGUUGAGGAUUACUAUGCAUAUCAGAUUAGAAGCAUUCAGUCUUCAGAUGCACAACCUUUGAGCAGAUUUAUUCUGGACAGCAGGUCUUCUGAUGGAAAAGCUGUUGGUGAUCAAGGACCAGAGGAUGUCGAGGAGUCAUCAGCUCUAUUAGGAAUUAAUGUCCUCGAAUUAAUCCGUAAAGAGCAAAGUCUAGAACCUGAAAAUGAGCUGCAGGGAAUCUCAGACCUUUCACCUCCUCUGGGUUUCAUUCACAGCGUUGCCUCAAAACACGAGGCCACACCAAGCCAGGAUUCAGAGGAGGAGCAGAGUGACGAUGAAUCCGUAGAAAACUGUGAAUGUGAAUACUGCAUCCCGCCGACACAGCAGGUUCCAGUAAAACCACUGCUCUCCCAGUCGGCAUCAGACGAUCCAGCAAAGAUCUGCGUCGUCAUCGAUUUGGAUGAAACUCUAGUGCAUAGUUCAUUUAAGCCUUUGAACAAUGCAGACUUUAUCAUUCCAGUGGAAAUCGAAGGAAUUGUUCAUCAGGUUCAUGUACUGAAGAGGCCGCAUGUUGAUGAGUUCCUCCAGAGGAUGGGAGAAAUGUUUGAGUGUGUUUUAUUCACCGCAAGUUUAUCCAAGUAUGCAGAUCCUGUGUCUGACCUGUUGGAUAAAGGCGGAGCCUUCCAGAGUCGCCUCUUUCGGGAGGCGUGCGUAUACCACAAAGGGAACUACGUAAAAGACCUGAGCCGCUUAGGAAGAGACCUGAACAGAGUGAUCAUCAUAGACAACUCCCCCGCUUCCUACAUCUUCCAUCCGGACAACGCGGUUCCCGUCGUUUCCUGGUUUGACGACAUGUCAGACACUGAGCUUCUCGACCUCAUCCCCUUCUUUGAGAGACUCAGCAAAGUGGACGACAUCUACGACAUUCUGAGGAAGCAGAAGACUUCGAGUUAACGGAAGUUCGGGUACAGAGAGUCACCAGCGACUGUCGAUUCGGGGCCAUGGAGGCUGGCGAGCCGCAGGCUCCAUCGUGCUUCCCACUACAAGGACCACACUUUAAAAAAAAACUACUCGCAUUUAAUCUCAUAAUCUCACAGCGUGUUGGAUAAAUCCACCAGUUAUCAUCGGAAUGCUUCAUGGACUUACCAUAGCCUCUGUAGAUAACUGGAGAGCAGUGUGUGUGUGUGUGUGUGUGUGUGUGUGUAGGUGUGUGUGGGUGUGUAUUACAUGACAGCUGUGACCUUUGUAACUAGAUUGUGUGAACAGUUGCGCAGUCUUCUACAAAUAGUCCUGGACAAAUGAGCCACCAUUACUCACUUUAAUGUCAGUAUAAUGUAGCAUUUGUACAACAGAAUUAUUUCCACCAUCACACAGAAAAUAAGGCAUCAUAGCGACGAGUCGACGUAAUCGCCUUCCAUAAAAAUAACUCUGGGGAGCUACAGGCGGAAAAUAUAACCUUAAACAUUCAAUACAAAUGUUGAUCGUUACUUUUGUAAAUAGAGACAAAAAUGUUUCUUGAUGUUUGAAGAUAUGCACAAAAUAUGCUAUGCUUCAUAAUAAAAAAUGCACAUUAUGCUAAAAACUGUUUAAAUUGCCUGUUCAGUACAUGUGCUUAAGAAAAUUACACCACUAAAUCCCUACUUUACUUUAACCCAGGAAAGAAGAUUCGUUAAUAAUAAUUCAGCCAUUUAUUGUAGCAAAAAUGUAUCUUUAAGCUGACAGAUUAGCCUUAUUUAAGCUAGGCUAUAAAGAGUAGCAGUGAACAGUCAGUAUCUUCUGCAGUGGACAGAAAUCAUUAUUUCUAAAUGUUUGGAGAUGCAGAAUUACGUUCUCAUGUUUGAGUCAAGCUAAUAGCUUAUAAGUACUUUGGUAGAUGACAACUUUGAGUAGCUGUUGAGUUUUUGAGGACAUGUUAGCUUAAAUUACAUCAGGUUUUAUCAGUGACUUCAGUGCACAAGUUAUGUUCAUAAAACUACACGCAACACAUGUAAAAGGAUAAAACAAAUACUUUGGCAUCCAAAAUAUGAAUAAAUUUGCAUAAAAUUCCAUGAACUAUAACUGAUAAACAUGCUAAGGUGGCUAAAUGUGGUGGACACAAAGCUAGCUGCAGCAUUAGUAUUAAAUGUUACUUUCAGUAGCUGUUAGCUUUUUUCUAUGCAGCUAUUCAUAUAAAUAAGGUGUUCGCUUAAUUGCUAGAAGAUGUCAGAUUUCCUCUGCAUAGCUGUUAGUUUGACUAAGCUGUUAGCUUUAGUCUGAGUAGCACUUAGCUUUAAUAGCUGUUAUUGUUGUACUGAGACAAUAGCUUUACUCUGAGCAGCCAUUGGUUACCUUUUGUAGCCACUUUGAGUAGCUGUUAGCAUAAACUAACAACUGCCCAAGCUAAAUGGAAUUUUGCUUUGUUUUGAAUAUGUAUUAGCUUAGUAGAUGUUAACGUUACUCUUGAGCCGUCAGCUUUACUUUGUGAAGUUGCUAGCUUGUUUUGGUAGCCAUUAGCUUGGCUCUGACUAGCGAUCAGUUUGAAUAGCUAGCUUGAAUAGCUGUUGGCGUUCUCAUUUCUCAAUGGUUCUCCAUUACUGUCUGCAGCAGGUAAGAUACUGACAACUUCACCCAUGCUGCUGUUUGAAUAAACUUGAAUCUGAGCUAUUUUAUGAAAGAAGAUGAUGGUGUUACAUGUUCUGCCUUAUUUAUCUGAUUAACUGUAACUAGAAUCAGAGUUUGUGAAAAUGUCUUUAAUUGUACAGCUUUUCGAUAAAAAAGUGACAUCCUCUCAAAGAUGUCACAGUAUUUA